AUGGAACUCCCCUCUUUAAUAAACGAUUCUGAAGAGACGGAGAACACCAAACCUACAGAACCCGAGCAGGGUUCCUCUCUUCGGCAAGAAUCCAUUUCUCAAGAGUUACGGAAACACCUCCACAUCAAGUCCGAGCAGCGACGUCGUAGCAAGAUCAUCGAUGGGUUCCAGAAACUGCGCAACAUCAUCCCGCUAGUCAAGCCACAGACAGAUUCCAAAGCACAGGUGCUUAAGAAAGCCACCGAGUACAUCGAGGAGUUGCAAUACCAGAACAGCGCCCUGGCGGCCAAUUGCGAAAUGCUCAAAGAGUACUCCCACCAGUUGCACAACCAGCUGCUGCAGCUCAACGCCACUCCUGUCACGCCGACGCCGCAGCUACACAGAGUCUAUUCUCAAGAACUGGGCCAGACACAGAUACAGUAUCCUGCCUAUCCCGGCGUGUUUGCGCCUCCCAUGGGCCAUUCGCAGUCCGACGGACGUAUAAUGCCCUAUCCAACGCAUCUUGCACCCCCGCCCCCGCCAGCCUGCCCAGCGUCCAGUCCCCAAUGCCGUUUUCCCGACGGGCGUUUGGCGCCCCUGCCAAACCUGUCCCGCACCCAGCGUCGAAAAAAAAAAGCUCCUACGCUGGUGAGGAAAUAUUUCCGUUCCGCAUUCAUCGGGGCCAUCUCCAAAUUUAGAACUUUACUCGAGCACUCGGCUCACCUUCAAGCACGUAUCACGAGCCUCUGGCAAGGCGUACUGCAAAUUUUGUGA